AUGAAGCUAGUAAUCCUAGUCCUGUGUCUAUGUUAUGCGUCUUUUGCCAAUGGUAGCCGUAAAUACAAAGGCCCAACAUACAUUGACCUUGGUGUUACCAAAUUUCUACAACCUAAGUACAAGAAAACAUGGAAUGAACAUGACACACCGAUACCAUACUUCACUGGUCUUCCACAACACUUACGUGGACAAGCAUUCGCACUCGCAGUAGAAAGCACUCUUGUUAGGACUGGAACCGGAGGUGGAAAUGGAGGUGGAAACGGAGAUGGAAUCAGAGGAAGAAACGGAGGUGGAACCGGAGGUAGAAAAGGAGGUGGAAACGGAGGGACCGGAGGUGGAACAGGAGGUGGAAACGGUAGACGUGUUUCUGGUAGCGGGUAUGGUUCUGGCAGCAGUGGUUAUUACACGACGUCCUAUAACGGACCACGUGGACAGGGUACAAAAUAUGGCGGACAAGCAACAAACUAUGGUAGACAUGAUACAGGAUAUGGUAGCAGUUAUGGUGGACAAGAUGCAAGCUAUGGCGGACAAGCAACAAACUAUGGAAGACGAGUCUCAGGAUAUGGUGGCAAUUAUGGUGGACAAGAUACAAGAAAUGGUGGCCAAUAUGUCAGACAGGCAACAAAAUAUGGUGGACAGGUUUCAGGAUAUGGUGGCAGUUAUGGUGGACAAGAUACAAGUUAUGGCGGGCAAUAUCGCGGACAAGCAACAAACUAUGGUAGACAGGAUACAGGAUAUGGAAGCAGUUAUGGUGGACAAACUUCAAGCUACGGCGGUCAAUAUAGCGGCCAAUAUGGUGGACAAGCAACAAACUAUGAUAGACAGGAUACAGGAUAUGGUAGCAAUUAUGGUAGACAAGAUACAAGCUAUGGUAAUUCAUAUGUCAGACAGAGUGCAAACUAUGGUGAAACAUAUGGGCAAAAUUCUAAUGCACAGUCUGGAUACGGAUAUGGUAUAUAUAUAUAG